CGCGAGAGCAAAGUCGUUGAAUACUUUUUUGACAUGCAUUACAAAAAUAAAUGUUCCAAUCUUUUUUUUAUCACCAUUCCUUGAUCAAAAGUAGUAUAAAACAGUCGACCACAUUUUGUACGAAACGGAGUAGUAAAUGACCGAGCUGUGAGACCAAUAGCUUUUCACUGAGAAGUUGAGAUGGUUCUUUUAUCAUUCGCCUUGCUGGCAACUUUGGUUGGUCUUGCCACCCCACAAAGUGUCGUAUUCAUAGGUGGCAACUUAGCGGACGAAAAUGCACCAAUCUGGGAUAAAGUUGUCGAACUUGCAGGAGGUAAAGGUGUAGCCAAAUUUGGUGUCUUUACUACGGCAUCGGCAGAUCCUGAAGGAUCGGCGGUUUACUAUAUCGAUAUGCUUGUAAACGUGUACGGGGCGGCCAGCGCGACGUAUAUUCCUAUUACUGAAACAAGCAACAACGCCGAUGACCCCGCUUUGGCCGAUAUAGUUAGAGAGCAAACUGGAUUCUUCUUUGGCGGAGGCGAUCAAUUGAGGAUUUUGAAUGCCCUACGACCUGCCGGCAGAGAGACGCUCGUUCUUGCCGCUGUGACGGAAAUGUUAAAGGCAGGCGCAACUGUAGGAGGAACAAGUGCUGGAGCCGCCUGUCUGAGCAACAGUGUAAUGAUUACGGACGGUACAAGUUACGAUGGAUUGGUAUACGGAGCUUUUAGUGGAGGACCCAACCCAGAUAAUCCGGGUAGUCUUUGUUACGACGAACAUGGUGGUUUGGGAUUUUUGGCUGGCUGGUUACCCGACACACACUUUAGCGAGCGUGGUCGAGAAGCUCGUCUUAUUCGAGUCCUGCAAGAUAGCCGGGACCGCGAUAUCGGAACAACAAGAGGUUUUGGAGUUGAUGAAGACAUGGCACUCGUAGUCACGGAUCUGUACACUCAACCUGUUGGAAAAGUUAUUGGAACUACUGGAGGAGUGUUGGUGGCUGAUGUCACCAACAUAGUUGUAACUCCAUCAGCAACAACUAACUACGAAGGAGUCAUCGUCCAUUACCUCACGCAGGAUGACUCGAUUGAUCUUUUAUCUGGCAAUAUCACAUUUGCCAGCUGGAAAAAUCCUUUGAAAGGGAAAGAGGUGUACACCAAUGCUGUCGUCUCAAGUGACAUUUUGUCUGCCAGGAAGAGCCGUGAAUGGGCAUCUACGGCGGCCCAGUUCUUCGAUAACAAAUUAGAUGACGUGGUUACGCAUACUACUUCUCAAAAAAAUCCGUCAUUUGAAGUAACAUUCGAUCGUCGUACGGCUGCUGGAUAUGGUGGGCAUCUUCCUACCGAUCCUACAACCUAUCUAGUGUCCCACGAAAAUCUUCAAGUUGGUAUUCGAGAAACUGUAUAGCUAUAACUUUAUAGCUCUUUGAAUGUGGCAUCAUAAAUAUACUGAUAUACUUAGUGCAGAA